AUGGCGAGCCCUUCGAACCAGGACCCGCAGACCAUUGGGACUCCUGUUGCCGUUUAUGCUGACUUCUGCUUGAUUCCAGUAGGUUCUAUUCCUUAAUUUCUUGGGGGGGGGGGGGCACAUGCGGACACUGAUGAGGGUAUCAAAGAUUGGGACCGGGGAUACUUCGGUUUCGAAGCAUGUUGCCGAUGUUCAGCGGCUUUUGAAGAAGAGCGGACUGAAUUACCAUAUGCAUAGCGCGGGGACGACUGUCGGUUAGUUGUUAGGGGAGGGGCUUUCUUUUUUGGGCCCCCGACCAUCAUGUUUGCGAUUUCUGGCCGUUCUUGUGUUAAUUCGCAUUCCGCAUCGCAGAGGGCUCCUGGGAGGAUGUUACUCGGGUGAUUGGCCAGGCUCAUUCUAUGCUCCAUACACAAGGCAUCUCGAGAGUGCACACUGAUAUCCGCAUCGGAAGCAGGUUAGCUUGAUAUCUCUUCCUCCCCCCGAGCAAGCAUUGCUGAUUGUUUGACACAGGACCGAUAAACAACAAACCAUGCAAGAUAAGGUGGCUUCGGUGGAGGAGAAACUCGCACGGGAUGAGGAGAAAUGAACAGCCAUUAUUCAUCCUCCCGGCCGAUCACUAUUUCCCAAAAAUGUAUACUCUAAUAAUCGAAUAGACUUCAUAAACUGUUGGGUGGAGGAU